AUGCAGGCCUCGCCCGACUGCCACGGACACCAGGAGGAGAUCCGAGGUUGCCAAGCCAAGCCCUGCAACCAUAGCUCCAGCUAUGAUUGCUUAUGGUCCCAAUGGUCCAAGUGGGACCCGUGCAGUUGCGAAGGCUUCCAAACACGAAGCCGGGAGAUUGCCUCGAAGGGGCAGCAAGGGCAUCCGUGUCUUGGGGCGCAGAAGCAGCUUCGGCCCUGCAAAGGCAUCUGUCGCAGGCCGACCAGUGCAGUGGAUUGCAAGAUGAAUCCAUGGCAGUCUUGGUCACACUGCACGAAGACUUGCUCAGGAGGUCAGCAGUACCGCAGUCGCGUCAUCGUGCGGUCCGUGGCGCACGGCGGGCGCGGCUGUUUGGGCCGGUUAGAUGAGACCCGUGGCUGCUUUCUGCAGGACUGCCCUGGCAUGAUGCGCAGAGAUUGCAGGUGGGAGGACUGGAGCGAUUGGGACGUCUGCAGUGUGACCUGUGGCAACGGGGAGACGACCCGCUCUCGGGUCAUUGCUGUGCAGCCGCAACAAGGAGGUCGUCUUUGUGAUGCCAAGCAAAGCGCUGAGACCGCCCGGUGCAAGAAAGCGCCCUGUGGCAAUUCGGCCAUGCAGGAUUGCCUUUGGUCUCUUUGGCAAGACUGGUCUCCGUGCUCCAAGUCUUGCGGCCUGGGAGAGCAGCAUCGCAGCCGAUCCAUUGCCCUCGAAGCGUCCCAUGGCGGUGCGGGCUGCCAGGGUGUCUUCCAAGACUUCCGAAGCUGCGAGGAGCCGUGUCCCUCCUAUGGGCAGAACUGUGGCUUCGGGCCGUGGACGCCCUGGUCCGACUGCUCCGCCACGUGCCAGGGCCACCACCAACGUGCUCGGUCCAUUGAGGUGCAAAAGCAACUGGGAGGCAGCCUUUGCCAUGGGAGCUUGGAAGAUAGCAGGCCUUGCAACGAGGACAUCAGCUGCAUCACUCCCGAGGUGGACUGCGAAUACCAGGGCUGGCUGGCUUGGAGCCAUUGUUCCAGGAGCUGCGGCGGCGGCCUGCGGCAACGGCGCCGCAACAUCGAGCGCCAUGCCGCAGGCCUUGGCCGACAGUGCUCUGGAGAUACCGAGCAGGUUGAAGCGUGUGGAGCAACGGUCUGUGAUGGACUGGGCCCUGUUGACUGCCUCUGGAAUGCCUGGAGCGAUUGGGACAGCUGCAGCACCAGCUGCGGUCAGGGCGAGCAGCGACGUGCGCGCCGCGUCGUGCGCGAGGCCGCGCACGACGGCCAUCCCUGCGAGGCGGGAGGCAGCCUGGAGAUCCAAGCCUGUCAGAUCCGCGAUUGCCUGCGGCGGACCGAGAUCUGCGAGUGGGCCACGUGGUCCGCGUGGUCAGAUUGCCGGCGGGGCGCUUUGCCAGUGACGUGCGGUGGUGGGCAACGAAAGAGAAGUCGCUUCUCUCAGAUCAAGAGCACGCGUUUGGCCCGCCUGGGCGGCGGCGCGUUGGCGGACUCCUCCGACGCGGUGGGUGCGGACCAAGGCUUUUCAGGACAAGGGUCCAACGCUCGAAGGCUGGAAGCUGACAAGCUGACGGCGGCGGACUGCAAAGAAUUUCAGGAAGAGUUGGAGAGCUGUGCCGAGGAGCACUACGGCAACGGGGUGGUGGUGAAGAGCACUGGUUGUGGGGGAAGAUAA